CACAGUCAGUGUUCAUUUAUUGUGGUGACUGGUUUAGGUUUCAUAAUAUUUUGUCGGAAAAUCAGUUAAAAAUUUCUUUGAAGCUACAGGCGAACGCUUUUGUUGUGCGUGGUGAAUUGCCGCAGCCGCGGCCCCGGUGUGUCUGUAUUUAACACCUUAGAAUGAAUGGUGCUUGAAAAUCGCGCUGCUUUGUCGAGGAAGGGCUCAGAGUGGCGGGCGCGGGUGGUGGCUUUCGAUGAACGGUCGGCAUCUAAUGAGUAAAUAGUGGAUUCACUAUGUCAGCAUUGAGCCUAAAAACAAAGGCUCUGGAAUCCAACCCUACCUCACCGGACAGCACGACUCUUCCGUCCAAAUUUGUGGAGGGAGACGAGGUGCUGUCUCAUGCCAAGGACGGCAAGUUCUACUUCGGCAAAGUCGUUGAGGCGGACGAGGCGCGCGCGCGCUGCCUGGUGCGGUACGACGACGGCACCCAGUCGUGGUCGCUGUACCGGAACGUGGCACGACUCUCGCCGCCCGACGGGCCGUGCUGCAUCUGCGAGAGCGCCGCCACCGCGCCCGACAAUGACCUAGUUCACUGCGUCCGCUGCCUGCUGCGCUUCCACCAGAUCUGCGUGGAGCCGAAGUUGAAGCUGAUGACGCCGGGCUGGGCGUGCGACUCCUGCCGCGGAACCCGCCUCAAACACCUCCCUAGUCAAACCAUGAAACUGGUCACCAACGAGAACAAGAAAACACUGCCUUAUAACCCUUCCACGCUGACCUGGAUGUCGGACCACAAGGUCAACCGGGAGCAGACGUACUGCUACUGCGGCGGCCCGGGCGACUGGUUCAACAAGAUGCUGCAGUGCUUCCAGUGCCGUCAGUGGUACCAUGAAGAGUGCGUCGAGUGCCGGCAGUACCCGUUGCUCAACGGCGACAGGUACUACGUGUUCGUCUGCGCCGUCUGCAACGACGGCACCGAGCUCGUGAAGCGGUUGGACAUCCGGUGGCAGGAGGUGGUGCAUCUUGCACUGUUCAACCUCACCGUCACCUCGCAGAAGCGCUACCACGACCUGGAGGCGGCGCUGCUGCCCUGGAUUGACGAGCACUGGGACGAGCUGCAGGCGCCCAUCUACCUGCAGACAGUGCCGCACAAGCUGCGCCGCAACGAGGUGCUGCGCGUGCUACAGGACACCAAGAACAAGUCUGCGUUCCAGUCGGGCCGCGAGCACAAGAAGCGGCCCGGUCUGUGGAGCCUGCGCGUGAAGGCGCCGCCGCCACCGCCGGCCGUCGACCUCCGGCUGGACGGGCCCGUCACCGAGCACACGCUGCGCGCCGUGCGCGUCCACUACAACAGCGGCCGGAAAAACAAACAGAUUACGCCUGUCAAGCUGAAGCGGAAGCACGUCGAAAAUGGCGUGCGGCCAGAGCCGGGGGUGUUCCCGCCCUACGGCGCUGUGAAAAAGCGCGCCAGCACCGAGUGUCCCGGCUCCCGGUACCCGUUUAUGACGGGCCGUUGCCACCUCUCGGAGGAUGCCGACUCGUCGCCGCCGCCGCCGCGCCUGCUGCGCACGCGGCCGCCGCCGCCGCCGCCGCCUCAGCCACGCUCCACGCCUGCCGCCAGCGAGCGCACCAGUCCCGGCUCGUCGGAGGCCGGCGCCUCCGAGUCGGCCGCCUCUGUCUGUCCGUCCAGCAAGCGCGGCCGCAAACCGCGACCCGCCGUCCGGACGGCGACGUCGGCGGCCGAGACGUCCAGCGACGAGGCGUCGCGCGGCACGCUGGACUCGCUCAUCCCGCCGUCGUUCAACUUCGACGGCCUCAACAACCCGUUCUCGGGGCUGAUCGGCACCGUGGUGACGCGCCAGCUCAGCGAGAAGGACAUCCGCAUCAGCAAGACGGGCGAGGUGCGCCGGCGCCGCAAGCUCCUACCGCCCGGUCAGGACGUCCAGACAUCCACUGCCGAUAUCAGGGUAUUUUUCUAUUAG